AAGUUGGCGGAAGAAAGAAUCAGUGAACUCAAAGAUAGAACAGUAGAGAUUAUGGAAGCUGAAGAACAGAAAUUUAAAAAAUGAAAAAAAAAAUGAACAGAGCCUCAGAAAUGUGGGACGUAAUUAGUGUACUAACGUACACAUCACGGGGGGCGCGCGAUGGCGCCGGCGGCACAGUGCUUGUGAAACGGAACACAACCAAAGUAUGGAUAUGGGAAACCAACAUCCUUCCAUCCGCAGGCUUCAGGAAAUCCAGAAGGAAGUGAAAAGUAUAGAACAGCAAGUCAUUGGCUUCAGUGGUCUGUCAGAUGACAAGAAUUACAAGAACCUGGAGAGGAUGCUGACGACACAGCUCUUGGAGAUCGACUCUGUAGAUACGGAAGGAAAAGGAGAUGUUCAGCAGGCCAGGAAGAGGGCCGCGCAGGAGACCGAGCGUCUGCUCAAGGAGCUGGAACAGAACGCCAACCACCCGCACCGGCUGGAGAUCCAGAGCAUUUUCACAGAAGCCCAGUCGCUGGUGAAGGAGAAGAUCGUGCCGUUUUACAGUGGCGGCAACUGCGUGCCUGUUGAGUGCGAAGAAGGCAUCCAGGAUAUCAUUCUGAGGCUGACGCACGUGAAAACGGGAGGCAAGAUCUCCCUGCGGAAAGCACGGUGUCACACUUUAACCAAAACCUGUGCCGUGCAAGAGAUUGUCGAGGACUGCAUGAAAAGGCAGCCAUCCCUGCCGCUGUCCGAGGACGUGCAUCCUUCCGUAGCCAAGAUCAACUCCGUGAUGUGUGAGGUGAACAAGGCCAGGGGCACCCUCAUCACAUUGCUCAUGGGCGUGACCAGCAAUGAGACGUGCAGGCACUUAUCGUGUGUGCUCUCGGGGCUGACCGCCGACCUGGACGCGCUAGACGUGUGCGGGCAUCCCGAGAUCCGGAAUUACCGGAGGGAGGUUGUGGAAGACAUCAACAAAUUACUGAAGUAUUUGGAUUUAGAAGAGGAAGCUGACAGGACCCACGCGUUUGACCUAGGACGGAAUCAUUCCAUUUUAAAAAUAGAAAAGGUCCUCCAGAGAAUGAGAGAAAUAAAAACCGAACUCCUUCAAGCCCAGAAUCCUUCUGAACUGUACCUGAGCGCCAAAACAGAAUUGCAGGGUUUGAUUGGACAGCUGGAUGAGGGGAGUCUUGAAAAGAACCCCUGCAUCCGGGAAGCCCGGAGGAGAGCCGUGAUUGAAGUGCACACCCUCAUCACUUACAUUGACUUGAAGGAAGCCCUGGAGAAAAGAAAGCUGAUCGUGUGUGAGGAGCACCCGUCACACAAAGCCGUCUGGACCGUCCUCGGACACUUGUCCGAGAUCCAGGAGGAAGUCCUCUCAUUUGACGGAAACCGAGCUGAUAAGAACUACAUCCGGCUGGAAGAGCUGCUCGCCAAGCAGCUGCUGGCCCUGGACGCAGUGGACCCGCAGGGGGAGGAGAAGUGCAAGGCGGCCAGGAGGCAGGCGGUGCGGCUGGCGCAGAACAUCCUCAGCUACCUGGACCUCAAGUCCGACGAGUGGGAGUACUGAGGCCAAGGGGCGCCCGGGGCGCCCGCCGCGCUUGCUGUUCCGCACUUUACACAGACGUCCAUGUGUUUGCAGAGCUUUCUGUUCUCUGAGCCUCCCUGUGAUUUACACGUGCAUAUUUCAAUCUCAGUAUUUAUGAUUUAAGCAAAUUAUAUUCAGUAUCUCUGCUGCUUUUGAUAUCGCAAAACAAAUGUCAUUACAGCACAUUAACUUUUCCAUUGGCUCGUUAUCUGUAUGUUGUGUGGUUUUUUAAAAAUCAAAAUGGAAUAAGGGCAGCUUUUGUAAUUUUUAACUGGGUUGUACAAGCAUUAAAAUGCAGAUAUUUCAGAAUCUAGCACUAGACAGCCUUGCAUAAUCCUAGAACAAUUAUGAGAAGGGAACAUUUUUGGUUAAGUAGGAGGAGAGCCCAAGCGCAGAAGCAGUACACUGUUUUAGUAUGCUAAAUAAAGCAGGAGGACUUUAUCAUUUUUAAAGCCUGAGUGGUCCCACCCCAUUUACAGGUGGGCUUGGGUUUUCUUUUUUUGGAUGGUCUGUUCUUUCAUAAACUUUUUGUUUGAAAAACAAUGUAUUCCCCCCCAUACUCUGCAUUGAGAGAGAGGAAUCUUAACUUUUGUGACAUAAGAAAAUUAUGAAAAUUGAUAGCAAAGAAACCUUUGAGACUGUAUUGAAAAAGGGAUAAAACACCAGCUAAUGCCUCCAGGUUGUUUUGUAAAAUCUCAACUUGCAGUUUUGCUUAGGAAGGAUGGGCGCAUUAAAUGAAGUUAAUGGACCUUUAGGAAAAAAAAAGGGAAACACCCAGACCUGGGGGGGGAUCAUGGGAACUGGAGCGCAGUUGUCAAUGUCAGGAGAUAUAAAACCAAGCAGACAUGUCUGAGGGAAAGGCG